UUCCCUACUUUGCAUUACCCCUCCAUUUACCUGCCUCAUCUCAUUCAGGACUUCUAUGCAAUUGGUUUCCUCACUGUCUCCCCUAGCCUUACUCAAAAAGUCAGAUCUACUAGGAGAGACAUUUCUGUGUUUUUGGGGGGUACGCUUGGCCCAGACGUAGAUGUGCAGGAAAUGAACAGACACAUUCCAGCCUCAAUCACAUGGAGUUUGGGGGAUGGAUGCACAUUGGAUAGACUUUAGAGGGCAGCACCUGGGGAAUUCUGUCUGAGGGGAUGGAUGCCAAGAAGAGGGAAAGGGGGGGGGGGGGCAGGGCGAGGCCCUGGGGGAGGGAGCCCAGCAGCGCACCACUCCUUUAGGCUGGCCCGCCCCUUGGCCUCCUUGGUUGGUGGGUGGAUGAGUAAUGCAUCCAGGAAGCCUGGAGGCCUGUGGUUUCCGCACCUCCACCCUCCACCCCCGCCCCUCAAGUGGACAUUUAUCCUCCGCUGCUCAGGCUCUGCCGCCAUCGCUGCAGAUCGUCUGCCAGAAGAGAAAGCAGAGAUGGCCUGGUGGCUAUCUCUCCACCCCUGUAGAACUUGCCAUGGCCCCCUUUGCACCCCUGGCCUCCACCAUCCUUGUGUUGCUGUGGCUGACUGCUCCCAGCAGGGCCUGUACCUGUGUCCCGCCUCACCCACAGAUCUCCUUCUGUAAAGCUGAAUUCGUUAUUAGGGCCAAGUUCGUAGGACCCGGAGAGUUCAACCAGACUUCUAUAUACCGGCGUUAUGAGAUCAAGAUAACCAAGAUACUUAAAGGAUUGAACACCUUGGAAUAUGUCCAUGACAUUGAGUAUAUCUAUACCCCUCACACGGAGAGUGUCUGCGGCUACAUGCACCGGUCCAAGAACCAAAGCGAGGAGUUCAUUAUUGCUGGAAAAAUGAGAGAUGGACAUAUGUACAUCUCCACCUGCAGUUUUGUGGCUCCCUGGAACAGUCUGAGCCCUGCUCAGCGCCAGGGCUUCAUCAAGACCUAUGCUACCGGCUGUGAGGAAUGCACAGUGUUCCCUUGCUUGUCUGUACCCUGCAAACUACAGAACAACACUCACUGCUUGUGGACAGACAGUCUCUUCAGGCGCUCGGAGAAAGGCUACCAGAGUCUCCAUCUUGCCUGCCUGCCACAGAAGUCUGGCAUGUGUGCCUGGCACUCCCUACGAUACGGGUACCGGCGGGCCUGAACCUCGGCCCCAGCCCCCAUGGAAGUUGAAACCAGCACAGUAUUCACCUCCUUUCCCACACCCACCUUUCCUUCUUUCAAUAAAAUAAAGUACUACUA